CGCCACGCUGGGCGGAGAAGAGGGGGCGGAAGCGGACGCGGCGACGCGACUGCGCAGUGGCGCGGGCGCCGCGGGAAGGAACCGCCAUCGCGCAGUCGACGACCAGGGAGGAAGAGCGAUCGCCGGGAAGUAGAUCGCGGAGAAAGCGUCGAAGGUCGGAGGAAGCGGCUAUUCGUCGUCGGGACCGAGGGACGCCGACUCUUCCGGUCGAUCGGAGGCGGGAACGGAGCCACUCGCCUCCGCCGACCAUGGGUUGCGCGCCCAGCCUCCGCCCCGAACGCGGCGCCGUCCUCUACCGCGCCGGUUCCAACCGCAGCGGAUCGACGGCGACCCGGGGCCUGCCCGGCCUCUUCCGGGCCACCGACCCGCCACCGGAAGCGACGUCGGAGGAAGAAUUCUCGUCUCGCUCCGGCCGCCGGCGCGGGAGCGACGCGCUGGACCAGGAAGGAAGUUCCGUCGUUAAAUUUGGACCGAUGUGCCUUAACCGACAGAAGAUUAAAGCGUUGCUAAUUUUUCCCAAAGAAGACGCUCAAAGCGACGCGUUGAAAUGGGCAGCCGAGAAACUUCAAUACGAAUGUUCUCUGGUAUACGACCCGGAAAAGGCGCUGGAAGAAUACUUAAACCGUCGUCAUCACUUAAUAUUUGUCGACAGUAGACAGUCCAGGUCUUACGACCCCGUCGCCUUGUGCGGAUCAUUAAGAGCCAUCCGAGGAAGUCAAUAUACUUGCAUAGUAGCCGUGGUGAAAAGAAAUACUGCCGAUAGAGAAGAUGGUUCCAUAAUGCCACUUAUCCGAGCUGGUUUUAACAGGUGGCUUCUUGAAAGUUGCAAUCUUGGGUUCUGUUUAAAUGAGCUUAUACAAUUAGAACAUAAUGAGAUUGUCAUGCAGUUGAAAUUGAGAGCAGCUCAAGCACUUUUUACUGCCUUAGAUAAUUGUCGAGAUGGAAUAAUCAUUACUAGUGCCAAUCAUGAUGUACAGUUUUUAAACCGAUCUUCAGAAAAGUUAUUAGGAUUUACUGCAGAUGAAAUAAUUGGUAAAAGUACUCAGGAAAUAUACAAAUCAGACUCUACAAAAGCAGAUGUUAUUGAAAACAUUAAUAUGCAAAUAACAAAAGGAAAAGAAUGGGAAGGAAAAUUAUUACAUAAAAGGAAAUCUGGAGAAAAUAUGCCAUUAUGGAGUCGAAUUUCACCUGUAGAAAUAACUACUGGUUUUUUAGAUCAUAUCGUGUAUGUGAAAGAAUAUCCCUAUAUUUUCGAUAAAUCUCUUGCAUCUGAUUCAGAAAUGCUUCCAUUUUCAUGUGCUGCUGUAAAAACAUUAAGAAAGGCAUCUUGUGAUGUUCGUUCACUCUGCAGUGAAGCAGGUAUGAAUCGACGACAAUCAUUUGCUAGAUUUCAUGCUAUGACAAUAGAAGCACCUAUAACAAAGGUAAUUAAUAUGCUUUUGGCAACUCAAGAAAAUAGUCCAAUAUUUGUUGCACAAGCUCUUGAUAGAGCAUUAGAUAUAUUGAGAAGCACAGAAUUGUAUUCACCACAAUUCCCUGGUCUUCAACAAGUUCGUGCAGAAGAUCAAAUUACUUCUGAUCUUGUAACAGGAUUAGUCACAGGGCAAAAAACAUACAGAAGAUUUUCACAUGAAGUAGCCCUUAAAGGAUUAUCAGCACCACCAACAACAAUGGCCACAAGUGCUGCUCUACCUAAUUUGACAACAGCACCAAUUGAAGUAAGAAAUAUAUUAGAAAAAGAAGCUGAAUGGAAUUUUGAUAUUCUUUCUCUGGAAAGAAUUACUGAGAAAAGACCACUCAUAUGGCUUGGAAUGGCAAUUUUUACUCGAUUCAAUGUAUAUUCUACAUUGGGAUGUGAUGAGAAAGUUAUAAGAAACUGGCUUUCUUUAAUUGAAGCUAAUUAUCAUGAUAAUCCUUAUCAUAAUUCUACACAUGCAGCUGAUGUUCUUCAAGCUACAGCAUAUUUUCUACAAAAACCAAGAUUAAAGGCAAUUUUUGAUCCAUUAGAUGAAGUUAUAUCUUUAGUAGCUGCAAUUGUUCAUGAUGUUGAUCAUCCAGGAAAAACAAGUGCGUUCCUCUGUAAUUCUUCUAAUAAUCUUGCAAUUUUAUAUAAUGACUUGUCUGUAUUAGAAAGUCAUCAUGCUGCAUUUGCCUUUAAACUCACAAAUUCUGGCGAGCGUGUGAAUAUUUUCCAGCAUCUUGAUCGUGACAACUAUAGAGCAGUUCGUCAAUCAAUUAUUGAUAUGGUAUUAGCUACAGAAAUGACAAAACAUUUUGAACAUAUUUCAAAAUUUGUAAAUGUAUUUACAAAAUCUGUCACUCAAGAUGAAGAACCCUUUGAGCAAGAGAAGUUAGGAUCAGAAUCAUCAGAUUUGGCAGCCAUGUCAACUCCGGAAAAUAUUAUUAUUGUAAAAAGAAUGCUUAUAAAAUGUGCUGAUGUAUCAAAUCCAGCUCGACCUUUACAUUUGUGUAAAGAGUGGGCAAAUCGGAUUGCUGAAGAAUAUUGCUCACAAACUGACGAAGAAAAAACUCUUGGUUUGCCAGUGGUGAUGCCAACCUUUGAUCGUAAUACUUGCAGCAUCCCUAAAUCUCAAAUAGGUUUCAUGGAUUAUUUUGCAAAUGAUAUGUUUGAUGCUUGGGAUGCAUUUGGCGAUUUUCCUGAAUUGAUAGAGCAUCUUAAGUUUAAUUAUCAGUAUUGGAAGGAACAAGAACAACUCAGGGAUAAUAAAAUCCCAAUGCAAAAUUAAAAUCAUUUUGAUCUUGUGACAAAUUCUUUCCAGUGUUGUGUAUUGAUCUUGCCACAUUGUAGAAAUUAAAAUGUGUAAAUUUGUGUUGUGAAAGAAUAUUUCUUUUAAUAUUGUGACAAGUUAUCAUCAACCUGUUGUAACAAUGGGUGAAACAGUUUUACCAAUUAAGAGACUUAGUGUAUGUGGUGACUUAGUACAUGGUGUUUCACUUGUCUUUCCUCCAAGUAAACACAUCAAGAAUGCAAAUUUCUAAAUAUGCACAAUGAGAAUAAUAUAAAUUUGAUGUUGAAAAAUCAAGAAUUGUGAUACAGUAUGUAGAAUUUAAAACUGUUAAAUGAUUACUAAAUGAAAAUUGCAGAUAUUUAAAAUCAUCAAUUAUAAAAUAUAUCAAAUUUAAAUUUUUAUCUGUUUUUAUAAGAGAAAUUUGGAAUAUAUUUUCAAGA